UUUUGUUCUCUCCCUUUCCAACCUCUCGUUCGCGAGUUUCGUCAGACCAAGCUUCCUCGCUACAGAGUCUUCGAGAAUCGCGCUACUGGGACUAUAAAAAUGCUUGGAUUGCGAAAGCUCGCAAACGGCUUUCUCUGUACGCUCCUGGAGCAGGCGGUUUCGAAGGUCAAACGACCUCUCCACGUCAACGUCGGCUCGGCGGAGAGAAGGAGAUGCAAAACCGGCGAAGGCAAAUACCCGGUGGUCGAGCACUGCUACGACGUGGUGGUGGUCGGCGCGGGCGGUGCCGGGCUCCGAGCUGCCUUCGGCCUCGGGAGCAAGGGCUACCGCGUGGCGGUCGUCACGAAGCUCUUCCCCACGAGGUCCCACACGGUCGCGGCCCAGGGCGGCAUCAACGCCGCGAUAAGCAACCACGACGAUAACGAGGACAACUGGCUCUACCACAUGUACGACACGGUCAAGGGCUCGGACUGGCUCGGGGACCAGGACGCCAUCCACUUCCUCACCAGGGAGGCGCCUAAGGCCGUCUACGAGCUCGAGAAUUUCGGCUGUCCCUUCAGCCGGACGAGCGAGGGGAAGAUCUACCAGCGAGCCUUCGGCGGUCAGUCGUUGCGCUUCGGCAAAGGCGGCCAGGCCCACAGGACCUGCGCCGUCUCGGACCGGACGGGCCACUCGGUCCUGCACACGCUCUACGGGCAGAGCUUGCGCUACGACGUGCACUACUUCGUCGAGUACUUUGCCCUCGACCUGCUCUUCCACGGCAGCUGCUGUCGGGGCGUCCUGGCCUGGGAGAUGGAGACCGGGCUGCUGCACCGGUUCCGCGGGCAGCACACCGUGCUGGCGACCGGUGGCGUCGGCCGCUGCUACCAGUCCUGCACCGGAGCCCACUCCUGCACCGGCGACGGCAUGGCCAUGGCCAGCCGAGCGGGUCUGCCUCUCCAGGACAUGGAGUUUGUUCAGUUCCAUCCCACAGGCAUCUACGGCAGCGGAGUUCUCGUGACGGAAGGAAGCCGGGGCGAGGGCGGCAGACUCGUCAACUCGGAGGGCGCGUUCUUCAUGGAUAAGUACGCGGCCAACGCCAAGGAUCUCGCCUCUCGCGACGUCGUCUCGCGCUCCAUCACGAUGGAGAUCCACGAGGGAAGGGGAGUCGGCCCGGAGAAGGACCACGUGCACCUGCAGCUGCACCACCUGCCGAAGGAAACGAUCCGCGCGAAGCUGCCCGGCAUCUCGCACUUGGCCUGGGUCUUCGCCGGCGUCGACGUCGAGAAGGAGCCGAUCCCCGUCAUACCCACCGUGCACUACAACAUGGGCGGCAUACCGACCAACUACAGAGCUCAGGUACUGACGCGGGAGGACGAGGAGGAUCAGCCGAUCGAGGGGCUCUGGUCCGCCGGAGAAACUGCCUGCGCGUCGGUCCACGGGGCCAACCGGUUGGGCGCCAACAGUCUCUUGGAGAUCCUCGUCUUCGGCAAAGCCGUCGCCGACAACAUCGGCUGCAUCACUCGGCCCGGUGAACCACACGAGGAUCUCCCCCCGGACAUCGGCGAGGAAGCCAUCUGCCGAUUCGACGCGACGCGCUACUCCCAGGGAUGCGUCCCGGUGGCCAGGCUGCGCGACAAGAUGCAGCGGACCAUGCACAAGCACUGCUCGGUCUUCCGCACCUGCGACAUCCUCCAGCGGGCCUGUCGAGAGAUCACGAGGCUCUACACCUGCGAGCUGCCCGACAUAUGCGUUCAAGAUCAAUCGCUCAUUUGGAACAGCGAAUUGCUCGAGGCUCUCGAGUUGCAGAAUCUCAUGCUCUGCAGUAUGCACAUAGUUUACGGAGCGGAGAAUCGCAAGGAGUCGCGAGGCGCUCACGCGAGGGACGAUUUCAAGGAGAGAAUAGACGAGUACGACUACUCGAGACCGAUCGAGGGUCAAGUUAAGAAAGCACUUGACCAACACUGGCGCAAACACACGCUGGCCUGGGCUCAGGACGACGGCUCGAUUUGCAUAUCAUACCGGCCGGUAAUCGACGCAACCCUCGACGACUCGGAAGCUCAGCACGUCCCGCCGGCUGUGAGAUCCUACUAGAGUGCGGUAUGGACGAGAUAACGGUCGAUCGGCAGUAUCUACUUGUACCGUCUACAUCGUGAAAAAGUCGCAACGCCGCGGCUCUGUUACUCAAGGCACUUAAUUACCAUCGAUGCCAAUUUACUCGUUACGUCGCGCGCUAUCAUUCGCUGUGACUUUCUCUUUAAUGAAAUAAAGAUUACGUUUUAUUCCGACA